GGGUAGCUACAUGAGAAUGGGCCUUUUCUGUGGUGGCUCCCUGUUGACGGAACACGCUCCUUGGGAGGCUCGCCUGGUGCCAUCAUUGUAUAUCUUUAGACACCAGGCACUUUAUAAACAGGUAUUUGGCCUUUGACUAUCUGUGGCCAUUUAAAAGUGGGAAAGGGAUGUUUUAAAUGUAUUUCCUUCUUUGUUUUAAUGUAGCUAUGUGGGGUUGCCCUGGGCAAAGCGACUGACACAUUUAAUAAAUAAAAUAAACACUUUCCAUUAUUUAACUUGAGUAUGGAAGAAUUGAUGUGAUGGGGGAAUCUGUGUAAUAACUAAUUAAUAUUAAGAAACCUUGCAUGGGUGUAGUCAGGAUUUAUUUUAGGCGGGCAGGCUUUAUGUAGUGGGGGCCAGAAACGAGUUACCUGCAAUUGGUCAGUUAAGUAUUUUUAUUUAUUUACUUGAUGGGGGGGCAGAUGCGCCCCAAGCACCCUCCUGGGUAUGCCCAGGAGACCUUGUGAGAACACAUCCUGUGUUGACACCAGCUCACUUCAGUUGCAUUAGCUGUUUCAUAAUACACCUUUUGAGGACCUUGCCAUAGUCUUGAAAAGUGGCAAAAUGAUAAUGGAGUUCCCCCCUACACCCCAAACCUCUCUUUUCAGUGUUGGCUUAUAUAGGUGAGUUGAGGAUUUCAACCAGCAAUAUCAGGGAUGGUAAAUAUGGAUGUGUAGUUUUGCAAGAGCAGUGAUUCUGUGAACCAUACGCUUUAGGCAGAAGUUGCACAUUUCUCAGGAGAACAGACUUCCCAGUAAAUAUGAAUAAUCAGCUUGCCCCUUUGCGAAACUUUGAGAGCUUUUGGCAGUUGUUGUCCGUCCCCCCCCCACCCCCCCUUUCUUCCUGUCAUCGUGAGCGUGGCUUGGAAAAAAACGAAGAAUACAGAAAGGAUAGUCUUGCAUGGCUGUGACCCUUAUUAUUUCCUUGUUGUGUGCCUGCCGAAUCCGUGUUUGCUCGCGUUUGUUUCCUAGGUCUUCCUCGGAGCGUUGUUGUGUCCGUGUGGCUGCUGCGUUUAGUCAGUGUGUGUGUGUGUCCCUCCCACAUAGCCCACCCCUUUUCGGCUCCAAGCCACACCCACGAGCUUGGAAGUCCUUAGCCGCUUUCGCCCCCAAGGUAAUAGCCUUUUAAGCAAGGCAGCGAAAGCGAUCGCAGCGCCUCCACUUCCAAGCGACCAGCUUCACUCGCGGCGUGCGCCUUGCGCGCGUGCAGUCGAGAAGCUUUGCAUGUGGGGGCGCAGCCAAGCCAAGCCCCCUGCGCGUCUGCUGUGGGAGGCGCGGAAUAUCUCCAACUCUUCCAGGAUCAUCAUAAUCACAAGCGCACCAUUACUAUUUUCAUCAUCAUCAUCGCCACUACCAUUCCUUGUCUGAUCUGCCGCCCGCUUCCACGCCAAACGGAUUGUUUCCGGAGGGGGAGAUGUACGACUGCAUGGAGGCGUUCGCCGUCACCCCGCGGCAACUCUACGAUGUUACCAACCGGAGCCCGUGCAUGCUGCGGAAGUCAAGCCCGUGUUUCAUGGGCUUGGAUCCCUUCGGGUGGCCCCAGCCGGCCAGCUUGCAAUCGGUGGAGACACAGAGCACAAGUUCGGAGGAGAUGGUGCCUAGCUCCCCCUCUCCGCCCCCACCCCCACGUGUCUACAAACCUUGCUUCGUCUGCAACGACAAAUCAUCCGGCUAUCAUUACGGGGUCAGCUCCUGCGAAGGCUGCAAGGGCUUCUUUCGUCGAAGCAUCCAGAAAAACAUGGUCUACACCUGCCACCGGGACAAGAACUGUCAGAUCAACAAGGUCACCCGCAACCGCUGCCAGUAUUGCCGCCUACAAAAGUGCUUUGAGGUUGGCAUGUCCAAAGAAGCCGUGAGGAACGACCGCAACAAGAAGAAAAAAGAUGUGAAGGAGGAGGUUGUGGUGGACAGCUACGAAAUGACACCCGAGCUGGAAGAACUCAUCCAGAAGGUCAGCAAAGCUCACCAGGAAACCUUCCCUUCCCUCUGCCAGCUGGGCAAAUAUACAACGAACUCUAGCGCAGACCACAGAGUACAGCUGGACCUGGGGCUGUGGGACAAGUUCAGUGAGCUAGCCACCAAGUGCAUUAUCAAGAUUGUGGAGUUUGCCAAACGCCUGCCAGGCUUCACCACCCUCAGCAUCGCCGACCAAAUCACCCUGCUCAAGGCGGCCUGCCUAGACAUCUUGAUGCUCCGUAUUUGCACCCGCUACACCCCAGAGCAGGACACCAUGACCUUCUCGGAUGGGCUGACCCUGAACCGCACCCAGAUGCACAAUGCUGGAUUUGGGCCCCUCACGGACCUGGUCUUUGCCUUUGCUGGGCAGCUGCUGCCUCUUGAGAUGGACGACACAGAAACAGGACUGCUCAGCGCCAUCUGCCUCAUCUGUGGAGAUCGAAUGGACCUGGAAGAGCCAGAGAAAGUGGACAAGCUACAAGAGCCACUUCUGGAAGCCCUGAAGAUCUACGCUCGCCGACGUCGACCCAACAAGCCUUACAUGUUCCCCCGCAUGCUGAUGAAGAUCACUGACCUGCGGGGGAUCAGCACCAAAGGGGCCGAACGAGCCAUCACCCUUAAGAUGGAGAUCCCUGGUCCCAUGCCACCGCUCAUCCGAGAGAUGCUGGAAAACCCCGAGAUGUUUGAAGACGAGUUGUCGCAGCCCCCACCACUGGCAGAACCCCCCAGCUCUGAGGAAAGCCCUCCAGAUGCCAAGAGCCAGGAGGAGGAGGAAGAGGAGGAGGCGGCCCCCUAGCAUCUCAAAGACAGCCAGGAUCUAGGCUAGGAAAGGCUGGGAGAAGGGAAAAAAGAAAACCCUUUUCACAUCUAUCUCCUCCGUCCUUCCCGCUGCCCAUUUCCUCCAGGACUCUUUGCCUUAAUACUCGGGCCUUUCCUGCAGGCCGCCGGAGUUGGGUGUCACGGCAACACUCCAGACCAACUAGGGAGGCUCCACAUUCCCCCCUCUUCGGCUGUGUUUGGUGACUUCUCGGGCGGUGUUGGAUGCCUCUUGCCUUAAACCUUUCCCCCUGCAGGGCCCUUGGAUGUAUAUUCUAAACUCGCCUUUGCCCCUCGAACCCCAGAGCUUUGCCAAAAGCCCCAGGCCGCCUGUCCAGUUGUGUCAGGUGCCCUCAAGCCAAAUAUCCGGGACCCGGGAAAGCCCCCAAGGGGCUUGGACUGGGAGACCUCUCCUUUCAAAACGGGAGGAGCUCCCACUGUGCAAUCCGCCCCCCCUCGCACUCCUGCCUGUGGGAAGAGGGGCGCCUCGAGAGCCGAGAGAGAAAGACUCUGCAACGUGUGCCCCCAAACACACACCACACCACACUCCUGGCCUCCUCCCUCCCUCGCGACCCGGUCCACCAUCCCGGCUGGAUGCGAACUGUACCCUCCCAAGCCAGGAACCCAGGCAUCCGGGACACUAUUUAUUCUAGUCUCUGGAGGCGGGCAGAGGGAUGACAUUUCUCUCCCGCAUCUCACCCUGCCCCCAAAUGCACACAAGGAUCUCGGACCAAUGACUAUGUGGGAUGGGGAGAGGGAAGCCAGGAUUUCAGCAUACAUAUAUCCCUGUUGUGGGAUUUCUGGACGUGUGUGUGUGUGUGUGUGUGUGUGUGUAUGUAUGUUCAUGACCAUCUCUUGUGGAUUCCAAGGGGUUGUGGAGUCUUUGUUUUUGAGGGAGGUGAGUUUCAUGGGCGGGGGGGGGGGGAGGGUGUCUUUUUUUGUUUUUUGUUAGCUGUAUAAACUGCUUAUGUUUUAUUGUUGGGGCAGAAAUCAAUCCCGUAGCAGGUGUGUGUGUGUGUAAGGGGGGUGGGGGAGAAGAGGGGCAGCAGUCCUUCCUUCCUCCCCCCCUCCCAAGGCAGAGGGGGCGGCAGGGGGCGUGGCUUGCUGUCUCUGUUCUCGCUUGGGAUGCUUUUGACCCCGGUGCUAAGGAUUCUGGGAAACAGACCCCAAAGGACACUAGAUACCAAAGAUAUUGAGGGAAAGGGUGAGGGUCGGGGGUGCCAGAGCUGCAGACUUGAACCCAUUUCCUGUCCCUCAGGGCCCUCUGCUCCCCCCUUACCCACAACCUCCCCCUCCCCAGCGAGAACCAGCUGCUCUCUGCUAAGGUUGUGUGGAAAGGGGGACCUGGCGGGGAGGGGGUGGGACACUGUUUACCUUAACUGGCAAAGUUUGCUUCCCCAGCACUUUGAUAAAGGGGAAGGGACGGGUCACUCCUGCUAUAGGAAGCUUGGUUUCCCCUCUCCAAGAUGGGGAGGAGACCUGCUUUGCUCCACAGCUCCAAUGGACCAAAUAUGGGAUGCUGCAAAUGCUCUUUCUUUUCCUCCCCAGAGGGCAAAAGACUUGCAGAAAGCGUCUCCCACCUCCCCUUUCCCUGUGCUCCUAGCAACACGAAAUGAAUGAAACCCUAACACUACAAGAAGUGAGGGGUGCUUUUGCUGAUGUUUCGCCAUUAGCAGCUGCGAUUCCAUCUCACCCUACCGUAGGUCUGCUUCAUCAGUGGGGGGAGAGAGAGAAAGAGAGGCAGCACCUCCCCCCCCCCUUUGCAGGAGUUUGCAUCACAACUGAGGGAGAGCAAUAACUCCCCCAUCGCAGUGGGGGGGGGGAAGGAGGGGAGAGGGCAACCCACCCUUUUCUAAGCCUCUCCCCUCUGCUGCUUUGGGAACGAGAGCUGAAGCUUCUGCUGCCCCUUGCUGGCCAUGAACGGGGCAAGACUUUUGGCAGAUUUAUUUAUUUGCCUAUGUUUACACCAGGGGGGUGGGUAGCACGGAGAGUUGCACCUUCACCCCCACCCCAGAGCAGGCGAUGAGGCGGGUGGAACAGCGCCCCCCACCCAAAGGAACAAGAGGCUCUGCCGAGAACUGCCUUGGCUUCUUCCCCCAGUCGUUUUAAGCUGCCAAUAUGAAAUAAAACAAGUUAAUGAAAUAAAUACCCCAGGCCUUAAGAUGGGGUCUGUUUGCUGUGGGGCGGGAUGGAGAAGAGGGUGAAGCCCUUCCGUGAUGUUUACAGACCAGCUUUCCAUGGUGUUUUAGAGGAAUCUCUCCUGCCCCCGCACUCCCAGCUGUGCCGCAGAAGAGGGGACUUUUCUAUUUUUGCAAAAUAAAGUGAAAGAAACUCAAAAACACGGCUUUUGAAUUUUAUUUGUCUCUCAGACAGUGUGUGUGCUUGGGUCUCUGUUGUGUAUUUUUUAACCCUGCUCCAAAUUUUAAAAACUGCUUAGAAUUUGGAUCCUGGUGUGGUGUGGAACAGCAGCUUUUUCUGAGACCCACCACCAGAGGUUGAAACAACAGCCAUCCAUUUCUGGAUCAAGGCAAGUCUGGAUUACAUAACCUUUGUUUCAUAAUAGUUCUGCUCUCCUUAGCAACCCAUUCUGACAGUAGCCUAGAACAUUUUCUAAAUAAGCAAUAUCUCAGCAAGGCUUAGGCUUACCUCUUGGUUGAUUCCAACACCUACGAUUUGAAAAGGUGGGUGUUUAUUAAUUAAUGUUUUUCAUAUCUGUAUAGGGUGUUUUUUCAUUUCUGUAUAGGGUGUCCAGCUUGGUCAGGUAUGGGAAACCUGUGUCACUACAAACGUUGCUGGAC